AUGAUCAGAAUUUAGUCUUUAUUGAAGUUGUCAAAAUGUCUAGGUACAAAUACAGUCAUGGGCAGCGUAGAGGUUAUGGUUGCAUAAAGACACAGUUCUAACCCAGCACAAUUUUGUAAGAUAGUGGAAGUAGGAAAAAUAUAAAAUUAGAGAUUACCAAGACCAGUUUAGAAAGGGAAGGCCUCUGGGAAGCAGGGAAACUUGUAUUAAAACUUAAUAGAGAGGAGGAAAAUAAAGGAAUGAGACUCCCUAGGUAAGAGAAAAGGCAUGAAUGAGAGGUAAGAAAUAUCCCAUGAUGUGGAUGGACUAGAGGUCAAUAAAUGAUGUGCAGGAUAUGGAGGGAGAUAAGUCUGGAAAGGUCAGUUUGAGAAGACUAAUAAAUACUUAGCUUGGUGCUUUGGAUAUAGAACUCAAAACAUCAUUGUUCGAUAUAGAAAUUAGCAGAAGGUUUUAAAAUGAAUUAUAUGUGGUAGUCAUUUCAGAUGUUUGUACAAGUGAAAAACAAAUUUUUUUAGUCUAAAAAAGAUUAUUUCACAGAAAGAUCUUUGUUUUGCAUAAAUCAACCAAAUAUCUGAUGUUUCAGGGCAAGCAUAACAAUACUAUUCAGAAAGAGCCCUUCAUUUGCCAGGAAGAAUGUCAGAUUCCAACCUCAGUGAUAACCAUCUUCCAGACACCACCUUCUUAACAGGGAUCCCAGGGCUGGAGGCUGCCCACUUCUGGAUUGCCAUCCCUUUCUGUGCCAUGUAUCUUGUAGCACUGGUUGGAAAUGCUGCCCUCAUCCUGGUCAUUGCCAUGGACAAUGCUCUUCAUGCACCUAUGUACCUCUUCCUCUGCCUUCUCUCACUCACAGACCUGGCUCUCAGUUCUACCACUGUGCCCAAGAUGCUGGCCAUUUUGUGGCUCCCUGCUGGUGAGAUUUCCUUUGGUGGAUGCCUGGCCCAGAUGUUUUGUGUCCAUUCUAUCUAUGCUCUGGAGUCCUCGAUUCUACUUGCCAUGGCCUUUGAUAGGUAUGUGGCUAUCUGUAACCCAUUAAGGUACACAACCAUUCUCAACCAUGCUGUCAUAGGCAGAAUUGGCUUUGUUGGGCUAUUCCGUAAUGUGGCUAUUGUCUCCCCCUUCAUCUUCUUGCUGAGGCGACUCCCCUACUGUGGUCACCGUGUCAUGACACACACAUACUGUGAGCAUAUGGGCAUUGCCCGACUGGCCUGUGCCAACAUCACUGUCAAUAUUGUCUAUGGGCUAACUGUGGCUCUGCUGGCCAUGGGACUGGAUUCCAUUCUCGUUGCCAUUUCCUAUGGCUUUAUCCUCCAUGCAGUCUUUCAUCUUCCAUCUCAUGAUGCCCAGCACAAAGCUCUGAGUACCUGUGGCUCCCACAUUGGCAUCAUCCUGGUUUUCUACAUCCCUGCCUUCUUCUCCUUCCUCACCCACCGCUUUGGUCACCACGAAGUCCCCAAGCAUGUGCACAUCUUUCUGGCUAAUCUCUAUGUGCUGGUGCCUCCUGUACUCAAUCCUAUUCUCUAUGGAGCUAGAACCAAGGAGAUUCGGAGUCGACUUCUAAAACUGCUUCACCUGGGGAAGACUUCAAUAUGAAUGCUGAGCAGAAGUUGGAGAUUUUUAAAAAAGUGUAGGAUAGCUGUCUAGAUACAUUUACAUGGACACACAGUGAUGAUGUGAAAGGAAUGGUUUGACAUGGCGGGAAACUCUGGAAGGAAGAGGAAUAGCCAGAUGAAUCAGAGCUAUCAAUUAUCACACUGAACAUACUAUUUUCCUGAGGCUCCUUGGGGAACUCUGAAUACCCCAGAAAGGUGAUAAUAUUCUCACACUUGUCUUAAAAGUGUCUGUGA